AUGAACGAGCAAGCUCCGAUGAUGAAUCAGCAGCAGCAGCAGCAGCACUUGAUGAACUUGAAUCCGAACAUGAUGGGUAUGAAUCAAAUGAAUCAACAGCCUCCGCCGCAGAUGGUUCCUCCGAUGAAUCGAGGCUAUGGCGGCAUGUGGUCCCAGCCGACGAUGCAGUUUCAGAAACCCAACCCUAAUCCCGGUGCCAUGAAACCUCCAUUGUCGUCCUUCAACAAAUCAUUGGGUCCGAGGAGCAAUUGGAAGGGGAAAAAGGUAAGUAAGCCCAACGACAAGAGGAGGAACAACGACCUGCAGAAAUCCCUAAUGUCUGGUUCCAGCUCAGGCCUUGCCGGCGGUGUUAACAUAAUCAACAAUGGAGGUGCAGGCGGUGGCUUAGGGAAUAUGAACUUUAACAGCUAUCAACCUCCCACUCUGAAUGAAUUGCAGCACCAGAAUCGAAUCAAGGCCCGCAAGUUCUUCACGAAGAAGAAGUUCAGUAAGAACAACAACAUGAACAUGAACCCGAACCCAAACAUGGUCAGCGGCAAUUACAAUAAUUUUAACAACAGCAGAAAUGCCCCCUAUGCUCCGAGGAACACGACCUCGUUUUUAAUCCGGGCAAAAAAGAGCGGCGGCAUAGCAUCGCUUGUCUCACCUUCCCCCAUGACGCCAGCUGUCCUUCCGACUCCCAUAUUUUCUCCAUCCAGGGAGGUUUUGGUUGACAUGGCGAAAGAGGAGUGGGGGGUGGAUGGGUACGGGUCGAUGAAGGGUUUGAUUCGGUUGAGGUCGCCCGGGCACGAGAUGGAGCCCCAUGAGGAUGAUGAUGAGGAUGAAGGGGGAUCGAGUGAGAGUGAUGUUGAGGAGCAUGUCGAGGUUGAGAGGAGGUUGGACCAUGACCUUAGCCGGUUUGAGAUGAUUUAUAACCCGAAUAGUGGUACAGCCGGCGGAAUGGAUUUCCACAGUGUGCUGGAGAACCGGGUGGAUGAUCAGGACAGCCACAUUGCCCAGCUGGAGGAGGAGAACCUGAUAUUGAAGGAGAGGCUGUUCUUGAUGGAAAGGGAGUUGGAUGAUUUGAGGAGGAGGAUGCUGUUUCUGGAAGGGAGAGGGAACAGAGGUGGAGAAAUAAUAAAUGAGGAAGUUGUUGAGAAUGAGUCUGAAAAUGAGAGCGGGAGCCGUGGAGAGGAGGGUGGUCAAUCUGUUGGGGACAAUAAUGAGGACUUCAGUGAAGAUAAUAUGAGGGUCUGUAAGGGAAAAAACUGUGAUGCGACAUACACGGAAGUGGAAACUGCAGAGAAAAUUGAAGGGUUCGGUUUUGAAAAGGAAGUGGAGAAAGAAUUUGAUGUGGUUGGUGGAGAUGGCGAGGGAAGUAAAAAGCUUUGUGGUUCUCAAGGUAAAGGAGAAAAUAACGAAGAGAAUGAAUUCGCUGACGCAAAUAAUGAAAAAGGUGAUGAGUUAUAUUUUGGGAAGGAAGCAGAUAAUAAAGAUGAUAUGGUUGCUGAGGCUGAUGAUGAGAAUGGUAAGCUGACUAAGAUGCAGGGAAAAGAAGAAAUUUACAACAAUGAGGCCCUUGAUGCCGACAAGGUUGAAGGGAACAAUAAGGUUGUUAAAGAGGGAGACGAGGAUAAUCACCAUGAAGAGAAUAAGUAUGAGGAUAUGGAAGUUAAUGUUACCGACAAUGUUGAUACAGAGUCAUGUGAACCUGUGGUGGCAGGUAAAGAUAUUUGUACGGAAAACUAG